UACAUUUUGUUGUUGCAUGUUGCAUGCAGGAUGACAACAGCAGCAGUAGCAGCAUCAGCAACAACAACAAGCAUACUAAGUAGAUCAACUUUAAGCCCAGGCAGGUUAUCAACAUCCGUAAAACGCUGCAAUAGCCAACGGUGUUCAAAUGUUGAUUUCUUCCUGCCGGCCAACGGAUAUCCGUGCGGAUUUUAUAGCAGCAGCAACAACAACUGCAACGCAAGCGGCAACAAGUCUGCAUUGUGCUACAAUUAAACUAGAAGAGGCUAGCAAAUUGAUGCCGCGACAACUGAAGACAGCUUCAAGCAUGCACAUGCGAGGGCAGCAGCAACAAUAAAGUUUAAAGCAACAAUUGCAGUUCGAUCGACGAAAUCAACAACACUCAGGCACUGAGUAAGAGACAGAGCAGCCAAGUAUAGUAAACAGUUAUGAGAGAGAAAGACCACUCACCAAGAAAGAUGCUUCCUAGCCCAAAACAGGGCUGUGUUUACCCUGCCUUAGGAUUAAUACCCACAUCGUAUAUAUCACAUGUACCUUAUGAUCUGUCCGCCUCAACGACGGCGGCCACAGCCACCAGCAGCAUGACCACAACCAUAGCACGCCAGCAACAUCAACAACAGCAGCAGCAUCAGCAACAUUAUGGCAGCAAGGCCAAGCGACGCUGCAGCUUUGAUCAGCCGCUGGACCUGCGCCUGGCGCACAAGCGUCGACAGCCUGGACUGCGACUGGACGAGCAGUCCUCGUCGUCUUCGCCAACGCCGCCACCGCCUCUGGAGGAUGAGAACAGCAAUCUCAUUAUAUUCGCCAACGAGCUGGCCGCGCAGCACAAGGAACAGGAGCUGAACAACAAUCACAUUGCUGCCUCGUUGGCAGAUCUCGGUUUCGACAUGAGCCGGAAGAUGCUGCGCGCCUUGCGUGAGGGCGUAGCCACGCCUCCAGCACCACCAGCAGUUGUGCCUGGCGUGCAUUCCACGCUGCUGGAGGCCAUGACCAAGACGCUGCCGCUGCAGUACCGCAAUGUCUUUGGCCCCACGCCCACAGCAGCUGAGUUUGCCUUUCGGCAUCCGUUGAAGAAGUCCGAGCUCAGCUGGCCCAACAGCGAAGCACAGCAGCCGCCACCAGCACCGCCGUCACAGCAGCUUAAACUGGAGCUGCCCACGCCCAAGACGUUGGCUAGUCCAACGCCGCCUGCGCCGCAGCCGCAUCCGCAACUGCAGGAGUUCCAGUCGCGUCAGCAUUCACGCAAAGCCAAACAGCGCCAGGCACAGGCCUCCUCCAAUGCUCUGCCCACGUCGCAGCAGCAGCGCAACAAAGACCGCUACACUUGCAAAUUCUGCGGCAAAGUAUUUCCACGCUCCGCCAAUCUGACGCGGCAUCUGCGCACCCAUACGGGCGAGCAGCCGUAUAAAUGCAAGUACUGCGAACGUUCCUUCAGCAUCUCGUCCAAUCUGCAGCGCCAUGUGCGCAAUAUACACAACAAGGAGCGGCCCUUCAAGUGCGAGAUUUGCGAGCGCUGCUUUGGCCAGCAAACGAAUCUGGACAGACAUCUGAAGAAGCAUGAGUCGGAUGCAGUGUCGCUGAGUGCGCUCAGUGGCGUCAGUGACCGCAUGCACUGCAUUCGACGCUUCUGCGAGAAUCCCAGCGAGGAGUCCUACUUCGAGGAGAUACGCAGCUUCAUGGGCAAGGUCACUCAGCAGCAGCAGCAGCAGCAACAGCAGCAGCAGCAGCAGCAACAACAGCAACAACAGCAGCAGCAGCCACAUCAGUCGCUACGCAGCUCUGCUUCUUCCAGCUGCUCGUCCUCACACACGCCCACAUCUUCGCAUACGCCAACGCCCACGCAAGCGGCGUCACCAGAGCUGCGCCGCAGCAAUGCUGACACGCCCACAGCUGGAGCAGCAGAGCAAAAGCAGCCAACGCUGACGGAGCAGCAGGAAGAGGAAGAAUCCAAGUCCAUAAUGCAGCUGAAGAAGACACUCGCCUCCAAGUUAUUUCCCACUGGUGCAACAGAGACUACUACAACAAGAGGCGCCGCCGCCGCCGCAGCAGCAGCAACAACCACAGCAUUGUCAACAAUCCAAUCCUAACUAUUUACUGAACCAGAAUAAAAAACAUUUCCUAGCAGAAACCAGCGAAUGCGAUAACGACCGCAACAACAACACAAAACUAUUUGCUGUUCGUUUAUAAAUAUACAUAUAUAAAUAAUUU